GGCGCGUUGCGCAGCUGCUCCUGCGCACAACCCCGCUGCCGCCGGCCCGCACCGGCCGCCCGGAGCGAGUGGCUGGUCGGUGCACUGCGCCCGGCGCCGGCCGCGGAGCAGGAAGCGCAGGCCACGCAGGGACCCAACUGGAACAAAGUGUCUGCCGCCGGGUGCCGCGCCCCGACCCCGCCGCGCCCCUGCGCCGCCCACCAUGGCCUCCGAGGAGCUGUACGAGGUGGAAAGAAUUGUUGACAAAAGGAAAAACAAGAAAGGAAAGACAGAGUAUCUGGUGCGCUGGAAAGGCUAUGACAGUGAGGACGACACGUGGGAGCCAGAGCAGCACCUGGUAAACUGUGAGGAAUACAUCCAUGACUUCAACCGGCACCACAGCGAGAGGCAAAAGGAAGGUAGCCUGGCCCGCGCCAACAGAGCCUCCCCGAGCAAUGCCCGGAAGCAGAUCUCCAGGUCCACCCACAGCAGCCUUCCCAAGACUAACCCCAAAGCACUCGUGGCAGGCAAAGAUCAUGAAUCCAAAAACAGCCAGCUGUUGGCUACCAGCCAGAAGUUCAGGAAAAACACAGCCCCAGCUCUUGCAAGCCGCAAGAACAUGGACCUCGCCAAGUCAGGGAUCAAGAUUCUUGUGCCUAAGAGCCCCAUUAAGGGCAGGACCUCGGGCGACAGCUUUCAGGGGGAGAGCCCUGAGAAGCUGGGCCCUGUGGAGCAGGGUCCCGAGGACACCGUAGCGCCAGAGGUGACUGCAGAGAAACCCGUCGGAGCUUUGCUGGGCCCUGGUGCAGAGCGAGCCAGGAUGGGGAGCAGGCCCCGCAUACACCCACUCGUGCCUCAGGUUUCUGGCCCUGUGACUGCUGCCAUGGCCACGGGCUUAGCUGUUAAUGGAAAAGGUACAUCUCCGUUCAUGGAUGCACUGACAGCCAAUGGAACAGCCACCAUACAGACGUCCGUUACAGGAGUGACAGCUGGGAAAAGGAAAUUUAUUGACGACAGAAGAGACCAGCCUUUUGACAAGCGGUUGCGUUUCAGUGUGAGGCAGACAGAGAGCGCCUACAGAUACAGAGAUAUUGUCGUCAGGAAGCAAGAUGGCUUCACCCACAUCUUGUUAUCCACAAAAUCAUCAGAGAAUAACUCACUCAACCCAGAGGUGAUGAAAGAAGUUCAGAGUGCUCUGAGCACAGCCGCGGCCGACGACAGCAAGCUGGUGCUGCUCAGCGCUGUGGGCAGUGUCUUCUGUUGUGGUCUGGACUUUAUUUACUUUAUACGGCGUCUCACAGACGACAGAAAGAGAGAAAGCACUAAGAUGGCAGAUGCUAUCAGAAACUUCGUGAAUACUUUCAUUCAGUUUAAGAAGCCUAUUAUUGUAGCAGUUAAUGGCCCAGCCAUUGGACUAGGAGCAUCCAUAUUGCCUCUUUGUGAUGUGGUCUGGGCUAACGAAAAGGCUUGGUUUCAAACACCCUAUACCACCUUCGGACAGAGUCCAGAUGGCUGCUCUACCGUCAUGUUUCCCAAGAUUAUGGGAGGAGCAUCUGCAAAUGAAAUGCUGCUCAGUGGGCGGAAGCUGACGGCUCAGGAGGCGUGUGGCAAGGGCCUGGUCUCCCAAGUGUUCUGGCCCGGAACCUUCACCCAAGAAGUCAUGGUUCGAAUCAAGGAGCUGGCCUCAUGUAACCCAGUUGUCCUGGAGGAAUCCAAAGCCCUGGUGCGCUGCAACAUGAAGACGGAGCUGGAGCAGGCCAAUGAGAGGGAAUGCGAAGUGCUGAAGAAGAUCUGGGGCUCCGCCCAAGGCAUGGACUCCAUGUUAAAGUACUUACAGAGGAAAAUCGAUGAGUUCUGAUUGGCAGGCUGAGCCCCCAGUUGCCAGUCAUCCUCAAGCUUGGAAGCAGGACUGGAAACACCCAAGCUAUUUAUUACCGAGGAGUUUUAAAGUACUGUAACUUUAAAAUAACUACAAAACUUCUUUGUCCAAAUGUCUUUAUUUUAUACUCAUGUAUACACAAGUAUAAAAAUGGGAUUGAGCACUAGGCUGCUCUCGGAAGCUCUAAUUUUCUUGUAAGCUAGUUGUGGGGGUUUUUUGUUGUUGUCUUUAAAAGAACUAUGUUUUCAUUUUGGGUGACAGAAGAGCUUUGAUUAAUGUUUGUUUUACCUUUUUUUUUUUU